AGUGAAUGUUCACAAGAAAGAAAAGCAUGAUGUAUUUCCGUAACACAACACUGGCAUCAGGAUCAUGGAUACAUGUGAAAACAUUUGGUGAUGUAAAGGGAAAGACACGAAUGUUGAAAAGGUGUUCCUUCAGGACUAACUAAAUAAUGGUUCAUUAUUUCACACACUUCCUGCUACCUCAUCUGAAGUCCCUGAAUCUGUAUGCCACCAAUCUCUCCAAUGAUGUGGUUGAUAAUCUGUACUUCCAAAAGGUUCACUAGCUCAACUAACAGCCCAGGAGGAAAAGGCCAAAAAAACUAAGGAUUAAGAACUGUGUCAUCAAAUGAACAGAAUAAGACUAAAUCUCUGACACGAAUGAAAGUCACAUCAGAGAAUAGUGAAGGUCCUUCCAGAAGUGAGUGGCAUUUCUCUGGGGAGAGCUGUAAUAUCAAUGGAACACUGGACCAUGAAGCUACCACUCUUGGUGCUGUCUGUGUAUCUGCUGUGGUUGAAAUAUUGUCACAGUGCACCUGCUUGGAAGGACACAGCUGUUUCGGAUGGAAACCUAAGGAGUCUUCUAGAGGUGGGAGACGCAGAUGUAGAGAGAGAGGUGAAGAAGGCCUUGAUUGGCAUUAAGCGGAUGAAAAUCAUGAUGGAAAAGAGAGAGGAGGAGCAUGCCAAACUGAUGAAAACCUUGAAGAAAUGCAAAGAAGAAAAGCAGGAGGCCCUGAAACUCCUGAACGAAGUGCAAGAACAUCUGGAGGAAGAAGAAAAGUUAUGUCAGGCAUCUUCUGUGGAUUCCUGGGAUGGAUGCAGGCCGUGUCUGGAAAGUAACUGCAUGAGUUUUUAUACAGCUUGCCAAUCUGGUUGGUCCUCUGUGAAAAAUAUGAUGGAUCAGUUUCUCAGGAAGAUGUACAGAUUUCUGUUUCCUCACAGUGAAGAUGUGGAGGAUCCCCCUGCCGUCGAACAGCCGACUAAGGAAGAUUUACAAGUGAUACAAAUGGAAAACCUGUUCAGCCAGCUAGCUGUGGACGUGAAAUCUCUCUUCAACAUGAGCUUUCACAUUUUUAAACAGAUGCAGCAAGAAUUUGACCAGGCUUUUCAGUUAUACUUCACGACCAAUGUAGACUUAAUGGAGCCACACCCAGAGGCUCUAUCUAAAGAGCAAACCCAAAAGGAAAAACUAGGGCAAAGGUGGGACAUUCCCAACGUCUUCCAGCUGUUUCAUAAUUUUAGUCUCUCUGUUUAUGAGAGAGUCCGAGAAAUAAUUACAAAGGCAAUGAAUGCAAUUGAAGAUUCGUGGGAACCACACAAAGAGUUGGACCAGAGAGAUAGGACUUCAGAGAUGUUUCCUGAGCAAAACGGAGGAAUGUGUGAGAAAUUUGGCCAGAAUUUAUCUGGAUGUUUCAAAUUUCAUAAAAGAUGUCAAAAAUGUCACGAUUACCUUUCUGAAGACUGCCCUGAUGUACCUGAACUACACAUAGAGUUCCUUGAGGCCCUGAAAUUAGUCAAUGAAUCCAGUCAGCAAUAUGACCAGGUUGUCCGGAUGGUCCAGUAUCAUCUGGAAGAUACCACGUAUCUGAUGGAGAAGAUGCGAGAGCAGUUUGGAUGGGUGUCUCUACUGGCAAGCCAUAACACAGUGACUGGGGGCAUCUUUAAUUCAACAAAGGCAGUUCCAAACAUUCGUGCAGGAACGUCUUCCGGACAGGAUGGAAUUAUGCCUUCCUCUAACCUCACAGUCCAGAACCUUCCUGAAGAAAGUGCUGAGGGCGCAAGCGUCAUUGAUUAUGUGGUAGCAAAACUUCGGCAGCAUUUUAAGGGACAUUUUAAAGCUUGGUAAGAGAGUAGCUGAUUAGGAGAGCUUUGUUGACAGGGCAGGUGACUCAUAAAAAGAAAUAACUGGAAAUAAAAGAAUUGGGGAGGAGCUAUCAAAUUUGUCGAUGUUAAAAGGCUGUGUAAAAUGUUCCUGGAAGGUUACACACACACACACACACCUUUUCCUAGCAGAAGUUGGCAGAUCUCUGUGGAUGCAAGGCUAGCUUAGUCUCCAUAGCCAGUUCCAGGCCAGCCAAGGCUACAUAAUGGGACCAUAGGAAUGUGACACUUGGAGACUCUAUAUUAGCAGUGGGGAUAUAAGUUGGUUUUCCCUUUUAUUUAAUUUUCCCUCAUUUUUGAGACAGACCUUUGUUACAACAUCCAAGCCAACUGACCUCCAGGUGUGACCCACCACACCCAGCUGGUUUUGCUAAUUAAUUAUAUAGCUAGAGUCAUACAAGUCCUUUUUCACCUUUUUCUACUUCUGGAAUCAAUGUAAGGAAUCAGCUUAAAUUUGAUUGAAAGUUCCCCCUUCAAGAUUUAUAUUUGGAAAAUUACUUAAAACAGUAACAUAUUUUUUUUUAAAACAGUAACAUAUUUAAACUAGUAAUUCUGUUUCUUAGAAUACAAUCUAAAAUAUACAUAGGAAAUGUGAAUAAAAAAAAAUAAGUGAUAGCAGUAGUUUUGUUAAAAUGGCAAGAUUACAGCUAAAUUGUCUUUUACAGGCAUGGAGAUUAGGCUGGGUGUGGUUGUGCAUGCCUCUGAUCCCAGCUUUUGGGAGGCCAGCCUGGUCUACAAAGCUAUUUCCAGGACAGUCAGGGCCACAUAGAGAAACCCUGUCUCAAAAAAAAAACAACCUCCCCUCCCCCAAAAAGGUGUGGAGAAUGUGAUUUUGUUACUUUUAGAAUUAUGAGGCUGUAACUUAAAAAGAAUUAAGGUGGAUGUGUUAUUCUGUGGCUGGAUGUUCACCUAGCAUGGAUGAGGCCUGGGUUUAAUCCCCAAGCACUGCAAAAAAAUAAAUGAAUGGAUCUAAGUAUAUACAUAUAUGUAUAUACGUAUGUAUGUAGGUAUGUAUGUACGUAUGUACAUGUGUAUAUUUAGAACCCUCUUCUGGAAUGCAUCCUAGGUUCCUGAUGUUUCAUAUCAGUUUGUGAUGUGUUUAUUUUGCUAUACCACACUUGGGUUUACACACAAGCUCCACAGUUGGAGACUGUAACACAAUGUCUUAUAUAUCUUGAGUAUUGAUAACAUCAUUGUCAUAAAAAAACACCACAUGCAUUUUGUUAAAUAGGAUAAUGGGUCAUGAGUAACAGAAGUGGCCUGGACCUGCGUGUAUGCAGAGUUUAGUUUCACAGCUGAGGAAGGGACCAUCUCUUGUAUUUGUUUGGUGCUGGGGAUGGAAUAUAGGGUGUUGAGCGUGCUAAGUACAUACUUUGCCACCGAGCUGCACCAUAAAAAUUCAGGUUCAACAAAUCAUGGAAACUGUGAAGUUAAGAAUAUCCAUGUGAGUGCUGGGCAUGGUAGAGGCAGGACACUCAGGAGUCAGAGGUUAUCUUCAGCUAUAUAGAGAAUUUCAGACAGCUUGGGCUAUACGAGAUCCCAUCUCAAAAAACCAAAAGGUCUAUUCCUACCUGAAUCUAGAAAAAGGAGAGGGGGAAAGACAAGAAAGUAGUAGAGAAGAGGAAGGGGGUCCGGGAAAGAGGAGAGGAAAGGAAAGGGUAUUAGGGAGUAGAUACAGUCAAAUUAUGUUACAUAUGUAUAUGAAAAUGAAGCCUAUUAUUUUAUGAAAUUAAUAUGCACAAACAAUGUCCACAUGUGGGUCUUGUAUUACUUUGUAUAUGUGAAUUUUUAUGAAAGCUAUAAACAUUUACCAAAUUA